AUGUCGAUGCAACAAAGAAAGGUGCUGGCAGAAGCGGAGGUCGUAGAACUUAAGGCGACACAACUGGAAGGCGUGUUGGAAUCCGCGAUUCGCGUCCUCGAAGAUGCAAAGGGGGUGUACGAGCGAGGCCAAGAGGAAUCGAAGAGGAUGCAGGAGGAAUCGAAGAGAGCGCAGGAGGAGUUAAGGAGAGAGAACGAGAUUGCGCAGGAGAAACUGAGGAGGGCGUACGAGCAAGCCCAGGAGGAAUCAAAGAGAGCGCAGGAGGAAUUAAGGAGAGAGAACGAGAUUGCGCAGGAGAAACUGAGGAGGGCGUACGAGCAAGCCCAAGAGGAAUCGAAGAGGGCAUACCAGCAAGCCCGGGAGGAAUUGAAGAGGACGCAAGCGGAGCUCCUCCACGCUAUCAAGGCUGGCGUCAAGGGACUUGAGCACGCUUGA